AUACGCGUGUUUGUCAUAUUUGCUUGGAUCUCCAGUUUCAACAACAGAGUGAGAAAGGGGAAAAUCAACAAAAUAGGUACCUGAAAUGGUGGACCUAGAGCAAGAGCGGCGACUGAACGAGAGAGAGGGCAACGACAUCACUGCCUCCGACAUGGUGGUGCCUGCGCAAGACAGCGACCUUUUGGACUUCUACAAGAGCUCGACGAUCUUCAUUACCGGCGGGACAGGAUUCCUGGGGAAGCUGUGUCUGGAGAAGCUGCUCAGGGCGUGUUACGACCUCGAUAAGGUUUACAUCCUCGUAAGGCCAAAGAAAGGCAAGGAUACGCAGAAGAGGUAUGAGGAGAUGUUCGACGUACCGAGUUUCGAUCCCCUGAGGAGGAAACACCCCAAUUUCACGGAAAAAAUCCGCUUGGUGAACGGUGACGUCGGUUUGCCGGAGCUGGGAAUGAGCAAAGAAGAUCAGGAAUUGGUGAUAGCCGAAGUCAACUGCAUAUUCCAUUUCGCGGCCACAGUGAGAUUCGACGAGAAACUCAAAUUGGCCACGCACAUAAACGUCAGAGGAGUCAGAGAACUGAUCAACAUGGCCAAACAAAUGAGAAAUUUGAAGUCAUUUGUGCAUAUUUCCACAGCCUAUUCAAACUGCCUUCAGAAAACGAUAGGUGAACAAUUUUAUGAACCAGUUAUCUCAGGAAAAAAUUUACUUUCGCUGCUAGACUGUUUGGAUGACGAGCAAUUGGAUGCUAUCACCCCUUCAUUACUGGGAAAAUGUCCUAACACCUAUACACUCACGAAAAGCGUAGCAGAAAGCCUGAUCAGAGAAGAAGCCAAAAAUUUGCCAAUUGCAAUUUACAGACCAUCGAUAGUGGUGGGGACAGCGAAAGAACCAGUGGCGGGCUACAUCGACAACGUGUACGGGGCAACUGGGGUCUUUCUAGGGGUGGCCGUUGGUCUCCUUAGGGUUCUCAACUGCCGCGAGACCAACCACGCUGAUAUCGUUCCUGCCGAUUACGUCAUCAACGGAUGUUUAGCAGUUGCUUGGGAGGUCGCGACGACGAAAGCAUUAAAUGACAACAAAGAAAUACAAGACGAGAAAAGCAAGAAAUACGAAAAAUUGGAGAGGGAAAUUCCAGUAUACAACUACGUCAGUACACCAGAAAGGCCCUUGACAUGGCAAAAUUUCCAUUCACUGAGUGUAAAAAACGCUAGCCAAGUACCAUCAGAUAAAGUCAUAUGGCAUGCAGAUUUCAGGAUGGUGGAAAAUAAGACUUAUUACUCUAUCCUAGUUUUCCUCUUACACACGGUGCCAGCUUACGUGGUGGAUUUCAUAGCAUAUUGUUUAGGAAAAAAGGGCAUGUUGAUCAAGGGCUACCAGAAAAUCCACAAAUUCACCAAUGUGUUAGCCUUCUUCUGCCUCAACGAGUGGACCUUCAAGAACGACAACACCCAGUCUCUCUGGAAGCGAUUGAAGCCCCAAGACAAGGAAAUGUUCGAAUUCAGCAUGAAAAGCCUAGACUGGGACGAGUACUUCCUAACUUUUUCCAAGGGAGGAAGGGUGUAUAUCCUGAAAGACCCUCUGGACACUAUUCCCAGAGGGAGAAUCAAGUAUUGGAAGCUGUUCGUGGCACACUACGUGCUCAAAAUGGUUCUCUUGUUUCUGUUUUACAAACUAGUUAUGUUUAUUUAUGGUUGUUUAUUUAGGUAAUUGUUGAUUUUAUUAUUUGAAUAUAGAAUUUUAUUUU